CGCCCCGCGGUGGGGCCGAAGAAAAUGCCGGUGCUCAAGAAGAAGAAGGGGAAGGCGAAGGCGAAGGGCGACGCCCAGCAGACUGGUGCGGGCAAGGCGGCCGCCGAGGAGGACUGGCUGGGCGCGGCCCCGGACCAGGACGGGGCCGACCUCGGCAUAGGGGGCGACGCCGCAAGCGACGCGGAGGCGCCCGAAGACGAGUCGGACGGCUCGGGCGGCGAGGGCGCCGACGACGCGGGCGGGGACCAGGAAGCUGGCCAGGGCGGCGACGAGCCGGCUGGAGGCGAGCAGUCGCGCCUGCUGGCUCGCAUCGCGUCCGGGGAGGCGGACCUCGGGGCCGUGAAGCAGCGAAUCCAGGACGCAGCGACGCUCCUGGGCAGCUGGCGGAAGGCCCGGUCCAUGGGCGACAACCGGUCCCGCCAGGAGGUCUUCGCCGGCCUGGUCGCCGACUGCUCGACCUAUCCUGUGGAUUUCGGUUAUUCAGAGGAGCUGGCACAGUACUUCUUGCAGAUGUUCAGCCCAGAACAGGCCAUCAAGUUCUUCGAGGCAAACGAGCAGCAGAGGCCUCUGACCAUUAGGACUAAUUCGCUCAAGGCGCGGCGGAGCUCCCUGAUGCAGGCACUCACUGCCCGCAAGGUGAAUCUGGACCCCAUCGGUCCGUGGACAAAGGUGGGCCUCAAGGUGUACGAGUCCGCCGUGCCCAUCGGUGCCACGCCUGAGUACCUGGCCGGGCAGUAUAUGGUCCAGAGUGCAUCGUCCCUGGUCCCUGUCAUGGCGCUGGCGCCACAGCAGAACGAAGUGGUGCUGGACAUGGCGGCCGCACCAGGGGGAAAGACCACCUACAUCGGCCAGUUGAUGCGGAACACCGGCACCUUGUUCGCAAACGACUUGCGGAAAGACAGGUGCAAGUCUCUCGUCGCCAAUAUUCACCGCCUUGGCCUCACCAACACAGUCGUCCUCAGCAUGGACGGCAGAAAGCUUAAAGGCAUGCUCCCCCGGCUAGACCGAGUCCUGUUAGACUCCCCGUGUACAGGCUCCGGCAUCAUAUCCAGGGACCCCUCUGUCAAGGUGAAAAGGGGCGCCAAGGAUUUUGAAGAGGCCAGCAAGCUAUCCAAGGAGCUGCUGACAACCGCUAUUGACAUGGUGGAUGCAGGAUCGAAGACUGGUGGCUACAUCGUUUACUCCACUUGCUCUCUAGCCGUUGAGGAGAAUGAGGCUGUCGUCGAUCACGUGCUGAAGCACCGAAACGUGGAGCUGGUCUCUUUCUCUAGUGCUGUCAAUUUUGGCGUUGAGGGCAUGACCAAGUAUCGAGACUUUCGAUUCCAUCCCACACUGUCCUUGACCCGGAGGUACUACCCUCACGUACACAACAUGGACGGCUUCUUCGUCGCCAAGCUGAAAAAGACGUCCAAUGAUAUCCCGGAGCGGACAAAGAAGGAUCGAAGCAGGGACGCCGCGACUGUUUGGGGCGAGGAGAAAUGGACCCCAGAGCUGAUGGAGACCGUGAUGGACUUCCAGCCGCCCGAGAAGGCGGGCGCGGCAGGCAAGGCGAGGCUGCUGAACAAGGUGGACAGGAAGAAGCUGAGGCGGGCGGAGAAGCUGGCCGAGCGCGCGAGGGCGGAGAAGGCCGCGCCCGCGGCCGCCGCGGCGGCCGCGCCCCCGAAGGAGCCGGAGAAGACGCCGGAGGAGGAGCCCGCGGCGGAGGGGGCGCCGCGCCCGGCGAGGCCGAAAAAGAGGCGGCGGGCGGCGGAGCCCGCGGCGGAGCCCGCGGCGGAGCCCGCGGCCGAGGCGGCCGCGGAGGCCGCCAGCAAGCCGCGGAAGCUGCGGAAGAAGGUGGUGAAGCGGUGA